AUGACGCUUUUAAAAACAGAUAGAACACCUGUCGAGAUGGUCGACGUAGCGAUCGGACCAGUGACUGUGAAAGUACAGGGGGUGGAUGUAUCGUUUGACGUUUUUAACGAUUGCAAAGCAAAGAAGACUUCCGGGAAUAUGCCCCCUGGGUUUUUUAUAAAGGUGGGAAGGAAGGAAGGUAUGAGAUAUUACAAUAUAAUUCUAUAG